UUUUUAAGUAAUUCUGAGAAGAGGAAUUUGCGUAACAGAAAGAAGCUCAACAGUGGUGUUAAGCGUUUACGUAUAUCCAUAUUUAAAUCUAAUAGGGAUUUUUAUGCUCAAUUAAUCAAUGAUGAAAAAGGAGUAACUCUCACUUUUGUUUCUACUUUGGAUGCUAAAAUUAAGGAUGUAUGUAAAAGGGGAAUCAAUACUGAAAGUAUAAAGCAGGUUUCUUCUUUAAUGAUUGAACGCCCAUCUAAUAUGAAGUUAGAACAAAAAUUGGUAUUUGACCGUGGAGCAUAUAAAUAUACAGGGUUGGUUUCUCAGUUUGCUGAAGCCUUACGAAGCUCUGGAUUUAAAUUU